UGGGAUAAACAGCACUGGAAAGUUACAUUAAGAAUCUCUAAAUGGCUAGGACUAAAUAAAUUGAGGUGCCAAGUUUUAAAAUAUGUAUAUAGUAAAGGUGAUUCUAUGUUCACGAAUCACGUUUUAAAGGAACUUGAUGAAUCGGAUUUGAAAAUUGCACUUGCUAUCUCUAAUGGUGAUGAUCCAUGUUUUCUGAAUUUUGAAGUAAUGAUAAAUAAUGAUGAUGAACCUGAAUUGAGAAUACAAGAUGAUACAGAAGAAUUAGAUGAAAUAAUGGUUGAAAAAGAUGAUAUUGUUAUCGAGGAACAUGACGAUAUGCUAAUUGAUGGUAAUAUGAUGUCUAACAAUUUGAUGACCAAUGAAAUUAUUCCUGAUUUGGAUGACCAAAAAGGAAAAUGUGUAGAGAAAGCUCCUGUCAUUGAUCAAAAGCAAAAAAAACACAAUUAUCAUGUUAGUUGGGGUGAAAACGUGACGUUAUUGGUUUAA